AUGUACUUGCGUCCGGAGUUGAGCUAUCCUCCUUCUCCCCGUCGAAUAAUGUCGUCAUCGACACCACUACAAAUGUCAUCAUCGGCUACAACAGCUCAUCAACCGAUAGCCUACGCUAUGUCAUCCUCUGGACCUCCGAUGAUGGCAUCCUCGGCUCCUGUGAUGACGUCAUUCAGAGAUCUGGCCAGCGGAUCGCCCAUGACAAGUUCCGCGUAUUCUCUUGGCGGGAGAAGCGAGGUCACUGAUAUACCGGAGGAAGAUGAGGAUGCACAUGUGGAAAGACGUCAAAGUCGAGGCGAAAUUUCGAUGAGUAAGUUCAUUCGAUUGGACAGGGAGGAGCCGAAGGACAUUCAAAAGGAGUACCUCGAACGGAAACGGUCACGAGAAGGACCGAAACAGAUUUUCCCGAUGUUUAUUGGAUUGACGGACAAUGAUAUGGAUCGUACUGCUGAUGUACCUCGUAGUGGACGAAUUAUAAUGACAAAACGACUAUCAAUGACGUCAUUGACAUCGUUAAAUAGUAUCGAUAUGACGCCUACAUCUGAAGCUCAAAUCCCUCAAUCAGAUCGAGCACCAUGUAGUCGAUUAGCAGCAGACCUCAUGCAAAUGUACCUUAAUAAUCAAGACACUGAUGUCGUUAUUCGUACAGAAAGCGGUGACCUGCAUGCACACAAAUGCAUACUCUCAGCAACAUGUCCAUUUUUCCGACAACAACUGCAAAAAUCGAAACGAAUAGAAAUGAAAGGAUAUUCACGAAAUGCAAUUCACUUCUUGCUAUCAUUUCUUUACGGCGGUCUGACGUCGAUUCCUGAAGAGGUUGACGUUUGGGAGGUCAUCGCUUUGGCUACUCAUCUUAACCAGAAAGACCUCGCUGAUGUCGUCAUUUUACAUCUAAAAGCAACAAGGUGUCAUUGGUUCCAUCGGCCAUGUGCAUCGUGCGUGUCAGCAGUGUUCGAUGCCCUACCACAGUUCGCAUCGAUACGAUGUCUUAAGCCACUUUAUGACGAGGCACUUGCGUGGCAAGCACGACACUUUGCUCGGAUCUGGAAGGGCAGAGUUUUUGGUCAUCUGAAUGAGCGAUGGCAACGAGAAUGUUAUGAGGCCAUUAUCCAGCAAAUGGAUGAUGAAACGCUAAUCGAUACAAUACUCGGAUGUGAACGGUUACAGAUAGCUCUACCCCGUUCGAAAUCCGAAUCUGCAUUGGCAGUUCUACUACUCGUCGACGAUGUGCUGGAAGUCGCCAUGCAAUUCUUGGUUCAUUCCUUCCACUUGGUUGUCACCAGUCGCUCAUUUCAACAGCAAGGCAAG